UGCUGUUCCGACUUUACCGACACACACACAACUGACUUUGAUACACCUUUGAUAGCUCAACAACUAAAUCCUACUAAAUUUCCCCCGAUCAUGGACAACCCCAUGAGGCAGCGCCACAAACCGAAGACCCUCAACGCCACCAAGCUGGAGGAAGAGCUUGCGAAGGCCGUCGAGUCGAAGAAAAACAUCAUCGAUGAGGUGGAGGGUCAGCCGAUCGUGUACGACUACAUGAAGUAUCCCAGCAGCAAGGCCAAGGGCAAGCUGACGAAGAGCGCCAAGCCCCGCAAGACGGUGACCUUUAAGGUGAUGGUGGAGCUGGUGACCUUCACGGACAACUGGAAGAUGCAGAUGAUCGAGAGCAAGCUGCGCACGGAGGAGGAGCAGCUCAAGUGCUCCCUGAAACGGCGCAACUUCUGAAGAUUUCCGCUUGUGGAUUGUUAAAAAUUAUGUUAUGCAAUAAAUACGUUCUUUGUAGUAUAUAUAAACUUUA